AUGUUCAAGCCUAUCUUCCCCUUAAUCGCUGCGCUCCUCCUUUCUGCUUUCCUCGUCAAUGCAGCCCCCAUUCCCAUCGAUGGAAAACUCGCCAGACGUACACCUCCGUUGGGGAAGUUCAAGGAAUCCGACCUCAGGAAGCAAGAGGUUCUCUUCGGCGACCUUGGAAAUGGGAUCUUGAAGCACGAACCCGUAUCUAACGUCUACGAGGAAUACUACAAGCGUGGUAUCCAAGUCCUGACAACGAUUCCCACAGUUCUUAUUGUUUCUCAUGUCUCUGACACGGUCUUCUGA